CGCGGUUUGUGGGAUCAACAAACGCUUCAUCAUAUUUAUUCCCCCUUUCAAUCUUUCCCACUCCAAACCCCCAUUUUCUUCCUCUCUCUCUCUCUAAAUUUGUGUUUGUUGCUGUUGUUGCUAUUACGAAAGCAAACACAAAUGAUUGCAGUGGUGCUCUACUCUCUCCUCUUCAUCCUCGGCCUCCUCUACACCCUCCUCUCCCCCACCAAGAACCUCCUAUCUCCAUGGCUCAAUUCACUCCCCUCUCCUGCUCCCGCCGCCUCCUCCGCGCCUCCUCCGCCGCCGAUCGGAGGGCUGAGGGGCGUGUUUGCGACGUUCGAUAAGAACAAGGACGGAUUCAUCACGAAGCAGGAGCUGAGGGAGUCUCUCCACAAUAUGGGGAUUUUGGCGGGAGAGAAGGACGUGGAGGAUAUGGUGGACAAGGUGGAUUUCAACGGCGACGGCCUCAUCGAUUUCGACGAGUUCUGCAAGCUCUACGAGUCCAUGGAUGGCGGUGAAGCAGCAGCGGCGGCGGAUGGAGGGGAUGGGGAUUUGAGAGAUGCGUUUGAUGUGUUUGAUGGGAACAAAGAUGGGCGGAUCACGGUGGAGGAAUUGGGGAUGGUUCUGUCCUCCUUGGGAUUCAGUGAAGGGAGCAAGAUUGAGGACUGCAAGGAGAUGAUCAGAAAGGUGGAUGUUGAUGGAGAUGGGAUGGUUGAUUUUGAGGAGUUCAAGAAGAUGAUGAGAGAGGGCCUUGGAAGGCUUAUUGCAGUUUCUUGAUGGGGUUUUUUACGGAUUUGAAUUCUUCUUCUACUCCGAUUCAACUGCUACUAUUACUGAUUUUCCAUCAAUAUAGCAUGUCUAACUCUUCAUCAUCAUCUCUGAAACUUGAUUAGUGACACUCCUGAAUCUUGAUUAGUGUGUUUGGAUUAUUAAUUGGAUGUACAGAUGGCUUAACAUGUGGGGUUUGAGAGAUCCUCUGGGCUCUGUUAGAUCUGCACUUUGUGUCUCACAUUAUUACUGUACUUGUAGUAAGUGUAGUACAGUUGGACACACAAGAUUUGAUAUUACUAUAUUGUUAUUGGAAAGAGGAUACAUAUGUUUUCUUUA